AUGGCUUUCCGCCGACUGCUACCACGACUGCCCGCAGCGCGCGCGGCGCUGAACUCGGCGGCGAGGUCGCUGCAUGCCUCGGCUCCAAGGAAUGCUGCCAAAGUGAGCCCAGCAGAGCUCACCAAGAUCCUUAGCGAGCGCAUUGCCAACUUCAAGGAUCAGGCUGAUGUGCAAGAAGUUGGCCGCGUCCUCUCUGUUGGGGAUGGGAUUGCACGCAUCUACGGCCUCAAGGGCGUGAAGGCAGGCGAAAUGGUUGAGUUCUCGAGCGGCCUAAAGGGCAUGGCGCUGAACUUGGACCCUUAG